GCCGUUAAUUCUAGCAGAUCAAUUAAUAAAUGUGAUCGAUUCGAGAAGAAUAUUGAUCAAUCUAUCAAUCAAGGUCUUGUAAUCGUGAAAGGCUCAAUAUUGUUGAGAAACUAAUAUGUUUCAUCAUCUCAAGUUUCCCAAAUGCUUCAGUUUGACGGCUUCAAUAGAUUGGUUUUACCGCCAUUAUUUUGUCAAUGCUGGUCUUCGGUCUGUGAUAACUGAUCUAGGUGAUGGUGAUGACACGAACAUGCAUUGUUGGGUGCCUAAGAUUCAUAAACCAUUCAAACCCAACAUCAUCUUGAUUCAUGGGUUCGGAGCCAAUGCAAUGUGGCAGUACGGUGAGCACAUUCGUCAUUUCACCUCUCAUUUUAACGUCUACGUGCCCGAUCUUGUUUUCUUUGGAAACUCUUACACGUCCAGCCAAGAACGAACUGAUUUGUUCCAGGCUACAUGUGUAAUUAAGUUGAUGCAGGCCCAUAGGGUUGAAAAGACAAGCGUUGUUGGGAUAAGUUAUGGUGGAUUUGUGGGGUAUAGUAUAGCGGUGCAAUGUCCGGAGAUGGUAGAAAAGUUGGUAUUGUGUUGUGCUGGAGUUUGCAUGGAGGAGAAAGAUAUGGAAAAUGGACUGUUUAAUGUUUCUAAUUUAGAGGAGGCUUCAAGUAUUUUGUUACCACAAACACCUCAAAAAUUGAAGGAACUAAUGCGAUAUUCAUUCUUCAAGCCUGCUAAGGCCGUCCCUUCUUUUUUCCUCACCGAUUUUAUUAAUGUAAUGUGUACGAACUAUGUUGACGAGAAGAGAGAGUUGAUUGGGGCAAUAUUAGCGAACCGAAAACUGUCUAAUUUACCCAAGAUCACACAGCCCACAUUAAUAAUAUGGGGAGAGCAAGAUCAAAUAUUCCCUUUGGAACUAGGUUACAGAUUAAAAAGGCAUAUUGGGAAACACGGUCAACUAGUGAUUAUUAAAAAGGCUGGACAUGCUGUGAACCUGGAACAACACAAGGAGUUUAUAAAGCAUUUAAAAUCGUUUCUUUGUGACUUAUUUUGGUCUCCUCCACCAUCACCAACAUGGAAAGAUCACUUUCAUGAUCACAUCAACAAAGUAUAUUGAAUAAACUAAAACUAAUGAUUAGUUAGUAUAUUUUGAUCAUUACUUCCAAGCAUUGCUAUACAACAAUUGGAGUUCUAUCCAUGUACAUAUAUAUUGAAUAAUAGAAUUGUUUUCUUGUUGAUGCAAAAAUAAAAUUAUGGAAAGCUCAUG